CAUGCUUUGGGACACUUGCAGGUCUUUCCCUCCCUCCUGUCCAGACUGCCUGGACCAUCGCCAAUGGCUCGAUCUGCCCGAAUCAAGACCCGACACCUUUUGCUCCUCCAAAAGCGCCCUUUCUGAUCGGAACCCAUCAUGCCCACCUACCUGUGUCACGGUUUCCGCUGGCAGCGGCAGAGCGUCCGGGUAUACGUGAUCUUGCAGGACCUCGACGACGCUUCGCCCGAGUGGAUCAUACCCGCCAAAAGCUCUCGGUGCAUUCUCAAGUCCUUCUACGAGGCAUUCGACUUCCUCCCUCGCUGCAGUCCCGAGAGAGGCCGCUACAACCCAACACCCGGAUUCGGUGGUCAUGACGGAGGUCUCACUCCCAGCGACACUCGCGAACGCGGCCUAUCCACAAACGUUGCCGCACCCGGCAGCGCCCCCUCCAACGGCCCCAAGGACGAUUUUGACGCCCAGUCCUGGUCGGCCGUCAAACUUCUCGAGGAGUAUGACCCUAACGACCUGAGUGCUGUCUCGCGGCCGUACGUCUACGUGGCCGACUACGCCGUCCGCAUCGGUCUGUCCUGCUCCAUCGCCGACGAGAUUGCCCGAUACGAGCAGCAGCAACUCCAGAGCGGCAACCCGGCCACGUCCAUAUCAUCCGACCGCUCGUCCGCGCAGGGUCCGGGGUGGUUCGAACGACUCCGCGACCAACUGCAGCAGGGCGAGGAGAUCCGCUGGUAUGUGGUCGUCAACAACGACGAAGUCCGCAACUGGUCCAACCCGCCGUCCGAACCGGAGAGAGCAAUCCACGCAGGAGACGGAGGCCCCGCAUCAGCCUAGUGAAAGCAAUACCAGGAAACGCAACUACAUUCCUUCCGGCAACAACUCGGAUCAGCCAGGUGCCAGGAGACGAGCAGCAACCCCUACAGUCAGUCCCCGAUAAGGGUUGAUCAUCCACGAAAAUAUGACCAGGAGAAGCAGCAGCAGCAGCAGCAGGAGGAGGAGGAGGAGGAAGAGGAGGAGAUCCUUAAGAAUUACAGCGAGGACGAAGAUGGGAUCAGGAGCAGGAGCGGCGGCGGCAGGUGAAAUAUUCCUCAGAACCGGACCUGGAGAUACGGAAGAGACAGCCGCAGCCGCAGCGAGAUCAGAUACCGCCGACCGGCCGCCCGUGGUGCCAGAAAAGGACUACC